AUGGGAAAAUAUAAAUGAGCUGUGAAUAGCAUAUGCAAUAUUCCCAGAGGCAGGGGAGUUGGUGGUACAUCUUUGAUAAAUGCAUUGAUAUCGAGUAGGGGACAUCCAGACGACUAUAAUACUUGGGCAAGAAUAUCUAACGACCCAUCUUGGUCUUACGAAAAUGUGCUGCCAUAUUUCAAAAAAUUAGAAAAUUUUAAUUGGACCAAUCCAGAAGCACCCGUUGAUCUUGACUACCAUGGAACUAGGGGUUUGUUGAAAGUUCAACAAAAAAUACCCAAUAUUAUAUUCAAUGAUAUUUUUCUUAACGCAAACGUUGAAUUAGGAGCUGAGAUACUCGACUACAACAGCAAUAAACAAAAAGGAGCUUCUAUUUUUCAAUUAUAUACUAAAAAAGGUAGAAGGCAAGAUUUAGGCUCUGUUUAUAUAAUUCCUUAUCUAAAUAGAACUAAUCUCAAAGUUUUGACCCAAAGUUAUGUAAUAAAAAUAGAAAUUAAUCAGAAAACAAAAAUAGCACAAAGCGUCUUGUUCACAAAAGGAGGUACCACUUACAGGGUAAAGGCUAGAAAGGAAGUAAUACUUUCUGCUGGAGCUAUUGCAAGCCCACAAAUACUAAUGUUAUCUGGAGUAGGUCCUAAAAAACAUCUUAAAGAAGUUAACAUAUCUCUUAUUCAAGAUCUAGAAGUAGGAAGUAAAUCACGAGAUCACAUAGAGGCAAAUAUCUUUUUUUCGACAAAUAUUGUUCUUCCUCCCCAAGAUUUAAAACAGCAAUUGCAGGACUACCUACAAGGCAUUGGUGAUCUCACCAGCGUAACAACAAUACAAGGUGUAGCAUUUUAUGAAACUGAAAACAACACCAGAAAAGGUGUACCUAAUUUAGAAAUUUUUACAGACGUCAGUGCAAAUUCGCUCUUUUUAACAAAAAGUAUUACUCUUCUAAAAGACAACGUUUCUGAAGCUCUUUCGGCAAAUCAUACUUCAGGUUUCUCCUUUGGUGUGAUUCACACAGAUCCAAAAUCUACAGGUACUAUCAGAUUAAAGAGCAGCAAUCCCUUUGAAUAUCCUAUUAUAAACCCAAAUCUUCUAUCCGACCCUGAAAAUAAAGAUAUUGAUGAGAUGUAUCAAAGCAUUCAACUUCUUUUUAAACUAGCAGAGAGCAAAGCGUAUCAAAGCUUGGGUCUUAAUUAUUUGAGUAAUCCGUUACCAGAUUGUAGCCAUCUGGUAUUUAAAUCUAAGGAGUAUUGGUAUUGUUACUUACGACAGAUUACUUUAACCGCAUUCCACCCAAUGGCUACAUGUCCAAUGGGUCGAAGUCCGAAGAAAGGUGCUGUUGUUGAUUCAAAUUUGAAAGUUUUUGGAAUCAAGAGAUUGAGGGUGGCAGACGCCAGUAUUUUUCCCAUUUCUUCUACAGGACAUCCCAGUGUACCUUGUAUUAUGAUCGGAGAAAAGAUCUCUGACUACAUAAAAAAUCAUUAUCCAUAGCUAUUAAAUCAGUAUUAAUAAAUUAUUUUUUGAUUAAAAGCUAUUUAUUUAAGGCAUAUCAUUUUUUAAAUAUAUACACACCAUUAAUAUCUUCAAAUUCUAUUUCUUUCAAAGGUACUGUGUGCAUAGGAUAGCAAUAGAGCUAGGCGCAAACCAGAGGAGGGAUGCAGAAUUCGUUUGUAGCUUACAAAACAGAGUUUCGACGGUUCCUAUGCAUAUUGACUGAAUGCUUUGUACAGAAAUAUUUUUUACAUGAAUGUUUUUUUUAAUACAGUGACUGUGUAGUUGCAUUUAAUUAUCUAAAAUUUGUAAAUUUUCCACAAUUUGUAAAACACUGUUAUUUAAUGAUAAAAUAAAUGUAUUAUGAUG